AUGGCUGAAACAGCCAUGGAGACUUCCUCCGAUGAGGAGCCUUCCCUAGAUACCCUUAAUGAGCUGCCUCAGAGAAGAGGUUUGCACCACACUUCCUCAGAUGAAGAUGAUACGCCGUCUACCAAACGGCACAUUAAGUCACUGCUAAAGGACAUUUGUUCCCUAUUCCAAGCAGACCUGGCGAUAGUUCGGGAAGACGCGCACUCCCUUACAGGCAGAGUCAAGCUGACAGAAGAGGAGGUCACAGCCUUACAAACCAAACAGACCGCUAUGCAAGAGACCCCGGACAAAACUAUCCAGGCCCAGGAAGGCAUGGCAGGGAAACUGGCGGACAAGGAGGACAAAAACCGACGCAAUAACAUCAAGCUCAGGGGAAUGCCAGAAAACGUGGCCAUGGCGAAGUUACUCCAAUAUCUGCUCCACUUGUUUCACCACCUGCUCCCACCAAAGCGAGCGAAGGCCAUCAUACUAAAUGGCUGCUACCACAUACCCAAACCACCAAAUGGCCAGAAAUCCUCCACAAGGGACCUCAUAGUCCAAUUAGUUUCCUCUUUGGAUAAAAUGGCAGUUCUGGUUCCGGUUUCGGGACUUAUCAGCAUGCAAAUUUAA